GUACUUGGAGAUGAAUCACAACACCAACAUCCACUUUGGGAACCGGACACUGAUCCCACACGAUCUCCACGGCCGGAGUUACCAAGACCCAGCCGUAAGCAUCGUGCCACAUCCGUUCCCUCCCAACCGCGCUCAUCCGACGUUUGAAGGACCUAGCCGAGACGAGCAUCAUUACCAUCAUCAUCAAAACCGACCUCCGGUUUAUCAUCAACCACCUAGACCAGUGUUGCAUUCACACCACGACCAUGUUCUCAAUAGGCGGAGAGAUAGCCAUUUCGAUGCCGUGCUUGAGGGUUUCAUGGAGAGCCAAAGAAAAACUAGCCGCGACAUUGAGACAAAGCUAGAGUUCACGCGAUACGAACUAGAUGGAAGACUUGGAGAACUCUCUACCCAAAUAGAGAGAGUAGAGUCAAGAUGCUUGGACAUGGAGGAAGAUUUGAAGAAGCAAGGCGAGGCCAUUGAAGACAAUGAGAAGAUCACAAGUCUUGAUAACAACCUCGAUGGCACCACCAAGAGUCUCAAUUCAAUAACAGCAGUAGCUCAUCAAGCUAAGAGGGAGGUAGCCGAAGUAACCCUAAAAGAGAGGCAAUGUUACUCGACGAUGCUUACAUUGGUGGAAGGGCAAAAACAAGUGAAGGCACAAAUCCGAGAUUUACACAUCUCUCUAGACAAGAGGAGCCAAGAUAUUCAAAGAAGAGCUAGAGGGCUUGAAGACAAAGUAGAUGGAGUCUCCAAGGAAGUCAAGGAUUUAACCACUCGCUUAGCCAACUUGGAAGAGAAGGUCUUGACCGAGGCAAGACGACCGUUCUAA